AUGGAUGAUUUUGUGUGUGACAAACUAACCGAGUGGGAUCUGAGCGAGUUCAUAGAUAUAUUUAAAGGUGAAGGCAUUGACACAAAAAAUAUGUACUGCCUUGAGGAUCAAGACAUUGAAAAAUUGAUUUCCAAAGUGGGACCAAGAGCACAUUUCAGAAGGCAACUGAAGCUGUUAAAGGUACUUCCAUCUACAAGUGAUGGAGAACUAACGAUGCUGUCUGAUGUGAAAAAAAUAAUGACACAUGUCCUUGCAAAACUAAGCAAACAAGAAAACACAAACCUAAAUGUUUUUCUAAGGAAUAAAAUAAAGGAUCUGAAGACAGAUAGAAGAGAACUGGUUGGUGUUUUUGGUAAAACUGGAGCUGGGAAAACCAGUUUGAUAAACGCUCUCAUUGACGAGAGGGAACUUUUGCCGUCUGGAGAUGUUGAUGCAUGUACUUCAGUCAUGAUUAAGGUGGAGGCGAACAUGUAUAACACAAAGUAUGAGGCACAUAUUGAAUUUAUCACAAAAGAGGAAUGGAAAGAUGAGUUGUGGUCAAUAAAGCAUUAUUUUGGGGAUACUGCCGAUGAGGAUGAAGAUUAUCAGGAUGUUGCUGAAAAGCUGUCGGCACUCUAUGGAGAGGAAUGGAAAGAGAAAUCUUCUGAACAACUUAUGGACCCGAAAUAUUUCAAAGAAAUACAAGAAUUCCUUCAAUCCACAGGAAAGAUACUCUCAUGUGAAACUGCUAAAGAGUUAUCUGCUAAAAUAAUUAAAUACACAAGAACUGAAUCCAACCAAGGAGGCGAAAAAGGCAUAAAGAGAUGGUAUUGGCCUGUUGUGAAGUGUGUGACUGUCAAAGUGCCACAUGAUAAUUUUCCCCAACACAUCACUCUUGUGGAUCUUCCUGGAAAUGGAGACCGUAACAAAAGCAGAGAUACAAUGUGGAAAGGGAUUGUUGGAAACUGCUCUACUGUGUGGAUUGUCACUGAAGUGAACCGAGCAGCAUCUGAAAAAGAAUCUUUAGAAAUCUUGAAAAGUAUCAGUAGCCACCUGGGAAAUGGUGGGGAGUGCAGAUACAUUCACUUUAUCUGCACAAAAUCUGAUGUUAUUAAAGUCUCAAACGAUCACUCAGCUGACCUUCAGGCCAAAAUCCUCAGAAGAAACAUUAAAGUAAAGGAAGCAGUGCGCAAAGAAUUCAACAAGCUACACAAGAUUAAGAAACAUUUCAGUGAUGACUCUUUCCAAGUGUACACAGUGAGUGCUGAGGAGUUUCUGACACCAAAGGUUCUCAGUUCAGGGAAUACUGAAAUCCCCAAGCUUCAGGAUUUUUUGCAAAAUCUCAAUGACAGUCACUCAGAGACGCUGAACUAUGUUUCUGGAGCUCUUGGGAUUCUCUCUUUGAUUUAUGGAGCCAAGUUAAAAAAAGAGCCUGGAAGAAACAAAGAACUAUGUGAAAAGCUUGAGCAAAUCAUAGCCCGUCAACUUGAUCCAAUCCAAAAAGAAAUGGAAAAAUCUUUCAAGGUUUUUGAGAAAUGCCUGCAAAACGGGGUUGAAAGAUCUAAAAACUCAUGUGAACAAAAGUUGAAGAAUUUCCUCUCUCCUCGGGGAAAGAGAGGUAGUGCUUAUCACAGAACUUUAAAGACUGUUGUCAAAAAUGGUGGAGUCUACACACCCAGAAAGGGAAAACAAAUAAACCUCAACAUGAAGCUCACUUCAUUCCUGACUGAAAGCAUUGAUGAGGAAUUUAGGAAGACAUUCCCAAAUGAACGACAAAGUGGUCCAUUUAAUGGUGUAAUUGACAAGUUUUCACUUUACACUAAAAGUCUGAAGGAAAAGUACAAAGAUGCGACGCUGCAGCUGAUCUUUCUCCAGACAGAGGAGUCAAGAAUUAAGAAAAAGCUGAACAAACGAGUAAGAGACCAAAAGAAAAUAAUGUACAACAGCCUGACAGAGACAAUCGAGGAGACCAUGAAAGACUGCUAUGAGACUGCAGCAGGAUUCUCGGGUGAUGGUAUGCUGAGAAGAAUGAAAGAAACUCUAUCAAGACAUGUUCACAAAUCAAAGGACAGCAUGUUUGCUAAGGCUAAAAACGUCAUGUUGAGCCACCUGCUGAGCUUAAGGGUGGAAAUUCUUAAAACAAUGAAGGACACAUUGAACAACUCCAUUGACCUUGCUCUCAAGACAGACGACCACUCAAUUCCAGAUGUUUCAGCAGAGCUCAUGAAGGUAAAGGAAAUCUACAAUAAGCUUAACAGCAGCUCAAAGUAGAAAACCUCAUGAACAGGCUCAUCUGAUGCCAUGACAAGGGUCACCAUGAGGAAUACUGAACCAGCUUUAUUUAAAAA